AAAUCCAACGUACAAGGCAAAUCUUCUUUCUCUCUCCCAAUAAAACCUGUCAAUUUUCCAAAAAAAACCAGGAGUAGAAGAAUAACAAGAGGUAUCGAUGACGGACUUCAUUUGGUGAUAAACGAACUUGAGGACGAUGGUGAGUUCGAUUAGUCAUGGAGUCAAACCAGAUUCUGUCACUGCGGACCAUCCCAACUGAUCCCGAACAUGUGAAGGUCAUUCAGUGGGAGGACUUCCAGCACGAUCUUGCGAGGUUGGCAAGUCUCUCUUCCACACUAGACGAAUCCAAGGAGAAGAAGCGCAACCUUCACGACAAGCUCGAGUCUCUCAUCCAGGUCAAUGUUGAAUCAGUAGGUCAGUUGAAUGAACUUGAGGAGAUGCGUCAGAAAUUGGAAUCAAAGAAAGUGGUUAUGGAAAACAUGUCUAUACGUUAUAGGCUGGCUAAGGAGGAUGCUAACAAGCAGGAGGAGCAGCUUAGUGGUGCAGUGCAAUCACUUCUGGUUGCAGGGGGUGCUCUUUCUGUAUGCAGCAGAAACCUCCAAGAAUCAAGUAGAUUUUUGUAUGAUGAAAAUGGUUAUGUUCAUAUGAGAAAACUGCAAAAGAUGUUGAGGAGGAGGCAACAACAUAUGAUAUCUCAAAUUUCAAUGCUGUAUCCUAUGAAGAUCUUGGUUGGCCCAACACAAGAGCAAGAGCUUGAGGCAUAUCCUUCAAGUAGCGUGGCAGGGACUUCUGCUGGACUUAAACCAGUUAAUCAAGGAUCCUUAACAAUUCAUGGUCUGCAUUUGAAUGUGCUAAUUUUUAGGAAAUUGAGCUUUUUCACUGAUAAGAAGGAAACUCGGGAGUCUGCUACUGCCCUAGGAUAUGUUGCACAUGCUGUUUCCCUUGUAGCCUCUUACUUGCAAGUUCCUUUGCGAUAUCCUUUAAGGUUGUGUGCUUCUCAUUCAUAUAUUAUAGACAACGCGCCUUCAACAGAGCUAACAUCUGAAGCUUCAUCAAAUGCAAACACAAAUGUCAAGCACGUGGAAUUCCCCCUUUUUUUAGAAGGUCAAGACACAACAAGAGCAGCUUAUGCUGUAUUCUUACUAAAUAAGGAUUUAGAACAGCUUUUGAAUUUCACUGAUGCAAAGAGCUUGGGACCACGCCAUGUACUUGCUAAUUUGAGGGAGCUCUUGAGGAUUAUCCAGUCUUCAGCUUUUAUAGACAACUUGAUCUAGUAGAUUUUGUCUCUACUAUAAUUUCCUUGUAAAUCGAUUUUUUUUUCAAUUCUUGCCAGGGUGCAAUUUUUUUCGUGCACCUUCCAAUGUAGCGUUGUUAUAAAAAUGGAGCCGACCUUUCUGUAAUGGAUUUGGUAUUAUUUAGAAAAGAGUAUACAGUGCAGCCGAAAGUAUUGUUAUUUGGGCUUAUUAUAAAAUAUCAAAUACAUACCGGCAGGGA